UGCGCCGUGCAGGCGCCGUCGUCGGCCCCGGGAGCGGUGCCGGGAGCGGAGAGCCCAUCCCGGGGUGAGGGUCGCGGGGAGGCGGGCCCCUGUCUCCCUGUGGUUGCCGGCACCCGGGUCGCCAGGUGCUGGUAUAAAAGAUGAGGCUGAAUGAGAGCCGGACAAGAUCCUUCCAGGCUCCUGUCACCAUCCAUAAUUACCCGGGUAGGCAGGUGUAUGUGUUUCCCAAUGGCCGAUCUGAUUCGGAAGAGUCAUCAGAGGAGGAACUCAAUGUUACAGAAUUGCGACCGAGAGGCAAGGAGCAGCAGCGAUGCAGCACUUCUCGGGACAGAGUUGGAGAUGUGGUACUUCUGGAACGAGAGAUUACAGAGGAUGAUAAUCUUAACAAGCUAGCCCUGCAGUAUGGUUGUAAAGUUGCGGAUAUCAAACGUGUCAACAACUUCAUCCAGGACCAGGACUUGUAUGCACUGAAGUCCAUCAAGAUCCCUGUGAAGACCCAUGGGCUCUUAACAGAGAAGGGCAGAGAACUAAGGCCGCUCUCAACUGUGCCCUCCCAGACCAGCCUGACGCUUGUAGACUUACCGGAGCCUGAUGAUGGUGCGAGCAGCUCUGCUGAUGGCAGACACCUGCGCGACUACUUCAAGGGGAUUGACAAGAGCAUUCAGGAUGCAGUGCAAGUGGAGGUCCAGCUAAAUGCAGAGUAUUGCAUGGAAGCACUGGAGAGGCCGCUGCCUGAGUCAGGGAAGCAGGAGACUAGUAAUGGUGCGGACUGUGGAAUCCAGUGGUGGAAUGCAGUUUUUAUUAUGCUUCUGAUAGGAAUUGUCCUGCCAGUAUUUUAUAUCAUCUAUUUUAAAGCACAAGGCCUGGUGGCCCAUACAUCUAACACAACACUAACCUCAAAUAUUUCAACACAUGGAUUGGAAGGGAAAUUGCCACAAAGCUCAGUUGUACAAAAAAAUCCUAAGGGGGAGAGAAAGCCAAAUACAGCCUCUCCUCCUGGUGCGGGAGCCCGUACAUCAGUGACUCUGACUCAAGGGCGUUCAGGGGGAUAACAAUACAGAUUAUUUUUAUUUUUUUAAGUAGCCGAUACUGUAAUCCUGAACUUGACUGAAAGUGAGGUGAUGUGAUUUUUAUGGAAAAAUGAGGAUGCUUUGUUGCUUGUAAAGAUAGAUCAUCAGGCAGCUGGCUUAACACUCAUGAACUCUGUUGAGAGAAAGUAUUUUGUAGCAAUUUACUCAUCUUGGUUGCUUCAGGUAUUUCUUAAUGCCUUCUCUAAGAAGUGAAUACUUUGCUGCUGAGAUAAAGAGUGCAGUAUUAAUGCGGUGAUUGGAAAGUUGGGGGUUUGCAUUUUAAGAAAACACUUUUUGCUUAGAGUAGAAGCGAGGACUCUUCUAUUUCUCUGAACUGUCAUUUUUUAUCUCUUGCACACCAUGGCGGUUUUGGCAUACUUAACCCUAAAAUGAUGACUUCUAGCAUGUUAAGCUGGAGGUGCCAUGGCACAAGGACAAUGACAGCACCUCAGCUUUUUAUCCUUUUGAGCAAAUGUUUAAGCUGUGUUUAUUAGGAUGCUUCAAGCCCACUGCUGGGAAGGGUGAGCCCAGAUCUCUUCUAUUCCCCUUGAUGAAAUCUGUCAGAGAAUUCUCUUGAAAUCCAGGGUCUCUGCAGGUGGAGCUCAUUGCAGAAUCUGUGCUGUUGCCAGGGUACUGCUUGUCCAGAGCCAAUACUUCAGCAUGACUGCAGGUGGCCAGAGUAUAGGAGGAGGACGUGAGCGUAGCGUUAGGCCUGUGGUAUGUAGUACACGCUUCUCAAAGGCUCGGUUGUUGGGGGGGAGGUCUAGCCAGUAUUACUUUUUAAAAAAAAAAAAUAAAUCCAUAAUGGUGCACCUCAGACACCCCAUUUCAGUCAUGGACUUGAGUGUCCUUGUGUGUAGUCUUCACGUGAGCGAGCAUUGCCAUUUCAUUUGCAAGGUCUGGGAGGGAAGCCCUGCGUUACCUUAGGCAGUCAUGGAAGGAAGUGUAAAUCCUUUGUAGGAUGGGGACUGUGAAGCUGCUGAUUGUUAAGCAUUUCUGUGAACUGCUGACAUUUGCAUGGAAAAGCUUCUGAGUGGGUAGGAAAGACCAAUGACACUUUGGAGGCUGGUGGUGGUGUCCUGAGAUGUAGGUAGGCCUUAGGUUGGUGCUGUUUAGGACAAAUCAGUAAAUACAUGCUAGAAGUGAACAGGAAAUGAGGCUUUGGGGAGCUUUGCUGCAGGGAAGAAUUGGCCUCAAAAAUUUAAUUCAGCAAACUCAGGGACAGUGCGCAGAGGUAAAUGCUCUCCUAGAACCAAACCCUGAGGCGUUUUGCAGCACAGUUGCAUGAAACCUGGCCUGGGAUGAGGUGAUGUAUGAUGUAAGCAGCAGCCCACUGAAAGCAGCUGGCUCUGUUUCAGGAAGGGUCCUGGCCCUUUCCUGGGCCACUUGCGCAGGGCUUGGCUGGUCUCCUGCUGCUGAGCUGGCAGCUGCAGUCAUUGCUGAGGGUGAGGGCACAGGGCUGGUGGGCGGGUGGAAAAAGCUGUUGUUUGGCUUCCCCUCCUGCCUUGCCCCAUGAUCGGUUCCAUUAAGCUGUUGGUGGGACAGCAGCCUGGCCUGAGCCUUUUCACUGGCGGGCACGGGUGCCACCAAGAGCUGCUGGAGUAGGAGCAGGGGCAGCAGCCUUCGCAAGGCCAGACCGGUGCUGACCCUGCCAAGGCGUCACAGCAGGGGAACUCGUGAGUUGCUGCUUUGGUUUUUGUUGUGGGUUUUUUUUUUUGAAAGCUUUAGUGCUGCUUACAGCUCUGUGAGGGAAGGCGAAGCUGAGCAAGAGCUGUGGUGCAGGCUUGUGGUGUACAGGCGUGAUCUGCUCCUCCCCAAGGAAGAGCAGCCUGACAGCAUCUGCAGCAGGGGGUGGGGGGCAGGCAGGACUGAGGCCUCCCAGCAACCUCAGGAACACCACACCAAGCAAGCAGAAGCCUGGGAUGUUACAAUGAUAACCUGUGUUUCCUGCAACACUUAAAACAAAGUGCUCAGGAAAGCCUGAGGGAACCUAAUUUUGUAAACAAGGACUCUAAAGUAUCUUAUACU